AUGAUGCUGGCGCUGGGGUCCCCUUCGGGUGCAUCGUUACAGCUGACGCCGGGAUUCCCACUGGCGACGGCUCCGGCAGAGGGAGCAGCAGAGGAGCUCGCACGCGAGGAGGCUACCGAGGAGUCUGCUCUCUCGCGCGCAAUCUGGUCAUCCUUGCGGUCGCCGGGGAGGGCCCGGGCGCUGCUCCGCGAGGGCGAGCCCCACGAGGAGUACGACCCAACGCAGCCACAGAUGGACCUCCGCCUGCCCCUCGUCGCGCCGGCCUCGCCGCUCGGAGAGGGCGCGCCUGAGGGGAUGCUGCCACAGGCGCAGGGCUCCGCGCCGCAGUACUACCCGCGGCUCAACUCUCGCGCGUACAUGGGCAGCGCCGUGCAGCGCGGCGGCAGCGCGGCGCUGCCCGCCCCUGCGCCUGCUCAGCCUCUACAGCUUCCUGCGCCUGCUCAGCCGCCACUCGCUGCCGCUCGGACGGCCGCGCCGCGCCUCGGUGACGCCAGCCUCUACUGCUUCUCCUGCAGCCUCUCCGCCGCCGACGAGGCGUUCCUCGCCGAGCUCGAGGGGAGCGCCGCCAAGAAGGCGAAGACCGCGCCGCCCUCAGGCCCCCUCCCCGAGACGAGCCGCCUCUCCGGCGGCGCACUCGCUGCGGCGGGUAGUUGGAGCUCGCCUGCACCGGCGCAGCUGAGCAAGGACGAUUUGGCCUUCUUGGCCGAGCUCGAGUCGACUGCUGCGCGGGGCGCGGCGGAUCCGCCUCGCCGGGAUCACAACCAGCGCCCGGACCGUCGCGGGGGGGGCGCGUCGGCGCAGUCGCCCGCGAGGCACGCCGCGGGGGCGCCACCCAAGAGACCGCCCGCCCGCGGUCGCGGCAUCCCGAUCGGUGGCAUAAAUGGGUGCCCGGAGGAGGGCAAAAAUGGGAACUGGAGGUGCCCAAGCUGCUUUAACAUCAACUUUGGCCAUCGGAAUCAGUGCAAUCGCUGUCAAACCCCGAGGGGCUAG